CUUUCCUGUGCUACUUCAUCGUUCAUGUAUUUUGAGAGGGCUUGACUCAUUUAAGUGUAUACUAGGCUAGUGAUUAGUUUUGGAUGCAAAUAUUGGAGAUGGUUGAUACUGAGAAUUUCUAGGAUAUAAUUUAUUGAUGGGGAGUUUUGUGACAGUCUGUGUGACUGCAGUGGUACUAGGGGCAGUGUGGGGUCAGUCAGUUUCAGUGGAAGAUACUGAUUGCUCAAAAAGACCUUGUCACAAAGAUGGCGUAUGUACAGAUACCAAUGGUAACUUUACUUGUGUUUGCCUUCCUCAGUGGAGUGGUGAUUUCUGUGAAUUAGACACAAAUGAAUGCUUGAAUUUUCCUUGUGAACAUGGCGGCACUUGUACUAACACACAUGGAGAUUACCAUUGUACCUGUACCUCAAUCUGGGUGGGGAAGAACUGUACAGAGUUUAAACGUGUCAUAUCAUCUAACCCAAGACCAGACAUGGAGAUUUUUCCUGCUAAGGAGAGCAGUCCGGGAUCAGAAAAUGACACGAUCCACACAAGUACGGGAGACCUGAUCUUGAACAGUGGGGAAAACUUCACCAUAGAAUGUUUCGGAGACUACCCUGUCACACUAAUCAUACAGAGGGGCAAACUAAGGGCUGUAAGUAUUUAUAGUAACCCUGACUACCUGUACACGGGGGAAUACUUCUGUCAGUACCAAGACAACAGCAUUUACACCAGCAAGUACAUCUAUGUCAGAGAUGAGGACAAUUUAUUCCUGCUUCAAAACAGAUCCUACCCGUAUUUUGUUAAUGCCUAUCAGUUUGUUACCUUGAUACUUGCCUGUAAUGUGUCUGACCCUGAAGCCAAGGUCGAACUGUGGCGAGGUGGAGGGGUACAAGUGUCUCUGGAGGAAAACGGCAUUGUAUAUGACCCCAAAAUUGGAUUUAUAAUUGAGUUUCCAAAUUUGCGGUUGGCAGGGAUGUUUAAGUGUAAUGCCACCAAGAACCAAAAGACAGAUGUUCGCAAUUUUUACAUAAAUUACAGAGGUGGUAGUGCUCCACCAAGUCCCUAUAUACUACCUCCUGGGGAUAAGGAGAUUGUAUUAGGGGAAGACUUUGAGCUCACAUGUACAGUGAAGGUUAAGACUGGCACAACUGUUAGCAUGGACUGGAACUAUAAGUCAAAUGAGCGGUCUGACAGGGUUCGAGCGACAGCAGCACAACUGAAAGAAACAAAGAAAGGAAUUUCUAUUCAGACAUAUGACUUCUUCGUCUCCAUUUUGACUGUAAUGAAUGCCAAAAAAAUGGACCAGGGCACAUACACAUGUAACGUUACCACUGGUGCAGGGUUGCACAAUACAGCGUCUAAGCGGGUCAUAUUAAUAGAGACAGGCCAGUUAGGAAUUCAGGAAUGUAAGAAUGGCAUGACCAGGGUGGAUUUAAGUCAAGAUUGGAAAGUUUAUGCCAGGCCAGGACAGAUUGGGGUUCAGGUGUCGUGCCUGAUUAAAGCAGAUCCACGCCCCAACAUCACCUGGUACUUUAACGGGAAGGAUAUAAGAACUCUGGACAUCUAUCAGCGGACCCACUUUCCAACGUUAGUAUUUUAUGCAAAAAUAUAUCUCCUAAUAUUUCCAUUUCUAUCUGUUUUCUAUGUGAUAACUCUUUAAAACUUAGGUGAGUUG